AUGGCCUUCGAUGCGAACCCACUCGUCUGCCUGCCUCAGGGCAUUCCGUAUACCCCCUAUGCGCCUGCAGGAGUGGGUGUCUCGGUCCCUCUGCCCCUUCCGCCCUCCCCAACUGUCCUCCAUCAGGCAGUCGAUCCCAAGCUGACGACACGUCGAGGGCCCCCUGGGGCCCCUGGUACCCUUCAGAAGCCCCGCUCGCCGGUUCGGGCCACUUCCGUCGUAGCCGAGUACAUCCGACGGAACCUUUGCGAUCCGCAUACGCCACGAGGCCUCCGAGCAGCGGCCCCUACAGGCGAUAUUUCCAGAUUCGCCACACCAGGAACAGCCUCCCGAUCCACUACCCCUUUGCCAUCGAGUUUGAAAGCUCGACCGGCUACUGCCUAUGCAGCUCAGCGGCAGCAUCGGCUCCACCCACGCCCGUUGCAGCGGACGUCUCUCACUGCUGCUUCUCGGACGGCUGCUAGCGGCUUUUCCCCCAAGCGCGGCGCAGACGAUUCGGCUAAGAAGACCCCCCGGACGUCCACUGGAAGGGCCUCUGCCCCCGAUGCCCCCGUCGUGAAGGCCCUCACGGAGGCCCUCACGAGAAACCAACACGAGCUAGAGAAGUUGAACGCAAGCUUGCGGGAGAAGCUGUCAGUUCGGGAGAGGCCAGUGUGUGGACGCCAGAAAGGAGGGGCCUCCCAAGGGGAGACAAAGCCUCGACGUCCCUCCCCCGCAACUCGACGGGCCCGCAGUGAAGAGACUCCUGGCAGCCGAGCUGCAGCCCAUGGACUCCGUGUCACGAGUGUUCGGUGGAUGCCUGGGGCGGCGUUGAGCUCCGGCGCGAAGAGUCUCGCAAAGCCAAAGAGCAGUGCUUCUUUGAGGACCACCCCCAAGGGGGCCUUUCCCCGCUUGCUGGGAAGCGAAGAAAUAACAGAAGCAGAGAGGGCCCGGUUUUUGCUGGCGUUGGAGGAAGUAGAGCGAGAAUUCGGAGAACGGAUAGAAGACUGCGCCUCAGUCCUGCCGUCAGAGCUCUCGCGAGGGCUUAUCAGACUUGCGAGGGACGUGUGGCAGAGGGCGGAAUCAGGUCUGAAAGCUGUGCAGAUGAUGAAGCUUUCACCGAAGGAGCGGGAUGAAUUGCGGCAGUUCAAGGCACACAAGAAGAGAGAGGCUCAUCUACAGGCUGCGCUUACCGAGGCGCGAGCCAACGUGGAGGCCUCGAGGGAUCAUGUUUCUCGGCUAAGGCGCUUGCUACUGCCGUUGCAGCACAGCGUUGCCGCGUACGCGUCUAUUCAACGGGCAAACGUUGUUGCACAGGGGACCCCUUACGUUCCGUAUUCCCCCGCAGUACCAGCGAUUGGAGCGAGCGUGGAUGCUUUGUACAAGGGCGAGCCUCGUGGAGUACAGUUAUUCGACGCUCCCGAGAAUGAAGGGGGCCCCCUAAACCCUUCCCUCUCUGACCCGUACAGCCCAAGGCCCUCUCCACGAUCUGCAGGGCCCCAGGGAGGGACGUUCGUUGGGCCUUCAACAGGUCGGAGGCCAAUUGGGGGGCCCCCAGCAGACUAUGAAAGGCGUUCCCGUGAUAGGCCUGAGACGUUCGCUAGGCCCUCUGUUUCGCCUCAGUCCCUUUCGAGAGCCGCCGACAAGUAUGAGGAACCCCCUGAGCAGCAUUGGGCUGACUCUUUAGCGACCUUUCCCCAUGAUAGGUCUCCGAGCUCCCCCAGCUUCAAUCGUAACGGCAAUGCAUGCGGCAAGGGUCCAGUAGAUGAGCUAUGCCUCCCUGAACGGGGUGAGAGAAGUAAGGAUCCCUCCGCAUUUGCUUCUCCACGGGGUGAUGGCAGCAGCCUUGCUGCGUCAGGUGAGCUCUGA